ACCGGAAGCUCCGGUGGGACUAAUUUACUGUUCUCUCAGUGACUUAAUGCCAAUGUUUACCGGGGCUUUAACCAGGGCGGGCUAAGGACGCAUAGAUGGUCUGCUGUGAAAUGCCACGCAGGCAGAGACUGACAAGCAGCAGCAGGAGUUGAGCUCCCCCCCCCCACACCCCCCACCCGGGACUGCCGUUCCUGCUGAGGUUUCAAGGAGAGGGGGGUGGGGUGUGGGGGGCUGAUUUUUUUUUCCUUCUUUUUUGCUGCCGCCGCUACUGUUACUACAGCCGCUGCUGCUGCUUCUCCGUUCCAGGUAAGCAGCCCAGGCAGGGAGGAUAAGAUUCGGGGCAAACCCCGGGACGAUGAACAAGAUCUGGAAGUUUUUCCGAGGAAGCAGGAGAGCUCUGGUUUUUAUAUUCGUCGCUUCUGUCAUUUGGCUGCUGUUUGACAUGGCAGCUCUCCGCCUUUCAUUCAGUGAGAUUAACACGAAGGUUCUUAGGGAAGACCUCAUCCGGAAAGAACGAGAACAAUUCAAAGUUUUGCGAGAUCGAGAGAAGAUGCCCCCCGGCAGCAGAAGGGAAACCAGGCGUCCCCUGAAAGGAUCCGAAAAGGGGAAAUGGGGCAGAGAGAACUUUAGGAAGAACGAGAACACGUUGUUGAAGGCUGAGGACCAUGCAGACAAACUUCGGCAGGGACAGACCACGCAGCAAGUCCCUGCAAAAGGAAACACAGCCUCUACGUGGGGACUAGGGCAUCCGAAGAGCUUCCCCCCAUCUUCCCUUCCCCUCAGGAAGAGAAGUAGGGAGUACUCUUCCAGAGUUAGUAGCUCAUUUGCCCUGAUGGAAAGAAAACAAAAUGUUUCCAGUAGGUCCCAGAAAAUUCCACUCUUAGAAACAAAAGAAAUUUCAUUGGUAAAAUUAGCACAUGAAGUACCUUCCCAAGCCAACCAGGAGGCGCCUCUGAAGAAAAAUACAAUCAAGUCUACAGCAUCUGAUGGGGUGAAUAAAUGGGGCUCCAAAAGGACUACUGCUUCUAAACCAGCUGACUCCAAACCAGAGGCACUUAGAGAGCAAAUAGGUAGGAAAUUCUACAUUGACCCAACAGUGCCCAAAUCUGGAGAAACCAUAGCAUUUAACAAAAGUGAGACUCAGGCCAAAGAAAUAAAUGGGAAUAAGGAUCAAUUAGUCAGGAACUUUUCCCGACCUAAGUUCACUGGCAACAAAGAUCACAUAAAAACCCAAUCUGUAAAUGAAACAAGAUUGGAAGGCCUGCCAAUGAAUCAUGGGAUUAAAGUGGACCUUGGGAAGAAAUUCAAUUUCUCUGAAAGCCAUGUUGUGAUUAUAACCAAAGAGGAGGAAAUGAAAACGCAGCCUAAAAAGGUUCCCAAUUCCAGAGACAACUCAAUAGUUGUUUUUCCUAAGACACUGGAUGAAAAUCAAGGAAAACACAUUUUAAGGAACAGAAGUGAGACAUCUUUCCAUUUAGACUCUUCAGACAAAGUAGAUGUGCCUUCAACCAACAAAACCCCGACUGGAGGCUCAGAGUUAAGAUUCAGAAUAGCCAUUAAAACCCAAUCUAAGAUACAGAAUCAAACUGGGGAGAAAAUACAUUUACCUGCAGACCUUGGAAUGCAUCCAGUGCAGAACAUUGAUGUCACCCUUUCUCCAAGAGAUCCCAAAGCACCAGGCCAGUUUGGAAACCCUGUAGUAGUUCCGCUUGGGAAGGAGAAAGAGGUAAAAAGAAGAUGGAAAGAAGGAAACUUCAAUGUCUACCUUAGUGAUUUGAUCCCAUUAGACAGAGCCAUUGAUGAUACAAGGCCUACUGGGUGUACAGGCCAGCUGGUUCACAACAAUCUCCCCACCACCUCCAUCAUCAUGUGCUUUGUGGAUGAGGUAUGGUCCACUCUUCUUCGAUCUGUUCACAGUGUCCUCAAUCGCUCUCCUCCACACCUCAUUAAAGAGAUUCUCCUAGUGGAUGACUUCAGCACCAAAGAUUACCUGAAAGACCAGUUGGAUAAGUACAUGUCACAGUUUCCCAAAGUCCGAGUACUUCAUCUCAAAGAAAGGCAUGGUUUAAUAAGAGCCCGACUGGCAGGAGCACAGAUCGCAACAGGUGAUGUGUUGACAUUCCUAGAUUCUCAUGUGGAAUGUAAUGUUGGCUGGUUGGAACCUCUCCUAGAAAGAGUUUAUUUGAACAGAAAGAAAGUAGCCUGCCCAGUUAUUGAAAUAAUCAAUGACAAGGAUUUAAGUUACAUGACAGUGGACAACUUUCAAAGAGGCAUCUUUGUGUGGCCUAUGAAUUUUAGUUGGAAAAAGAUUCCUCCUGAUGUCAUUAAACAAAAUAAAAUAAAGGAAACAGAUAUAAUAAGGUGUCCAGUCAUGGCUGGUGGAUUAUUUUCUAUUGAUAAAAAAUAUUUUUUUGAACUUGGAACAUAUGAUCCUGGCCUUGAGGUUUGGGGUGGCGAAAAUAUGGAGCUUUCAUUCAAGGUGUGGAUGUGUGGAGGAGAAAUUGAAAUCAUUCCCUGUUCCCGAGUGGGCCACAUCUUCAGGAAAGACAAUCCGUACUCUUUCCCUGAAAAUCGGAUUAAAACCAUAGAGAGAAAUUUGAUUCGGGUGGCUGAAGUAUGGUUAGAUGAAUACAAAGAGAUUUUCUAUGGCCACGGUCACCAUCUCUUGGAGCAAAGUCUGACUAUUGGAAAUCUCACUCAACAAAGAGAACUCCGGAAAAAACUGGGGUGCAGAAGUUUCAAGUGGUACCUAGAGAAUGUCUUUCCAGACAUAGAAGCUCCUGUUGUGAAAGCCAGUGGGGUGAUAAUUAACGUGGCUUUGGGCAGAUGUAUUUCCCUUGAGAACGGUAUGGCUGUUCUGGAUGAAUGUGAUGGUGGUAGCAAGUCCCAACACUUCAACUACACUUGGUUAAAUCUUCUUAAACAGGGAGACAGGUGCUUAGCACCUGUCCCUAGUAUAGGAGACCUGAGCCUAUUUCCUUGUGAUAACAGAAACAACAAGCUGAGAUGGUUACACAAAUUGACGGGAGUCCUUCAUCCUGAAGAGAUGGAUCACCUUAUACUUGAAUACUGGGAGCAGCUGAGGUGCUUGGAGGCAAGCCAUUCUGGAAAGACCCUGAAGGUGACUGCCUGUGAUUCCAUGAAUCCGUAUCAGAAAUGGAAAUUCGAAGAAUACUAUGUAGUCUGAAGAGGAAAAAUCAGAGCCAAACUGUGAUUUUCUCAUCUAGUAAGGUCACUAGACAUUGGGACAAGGAUUUCAAAUAAUGUCACAUUAUUCAGUGGUGAUUUGAACACUUAAUGGCACUUGAGGAAGAAAGUCUAAAGCCACAACAGGAUGGUUUCAUGUGAAUUCAUGGUAACUCAGGGGACUGUUUUCCAACUUUGACCUGGGGCCCUGCUUCAGUAUUUGGCAACAGUGAAUUUACCUGUCUCCUUCAAUUAUUCUAGAACAUCAAUAUCUUACUCCACAAGCUUUAUCAAGAAGAUUGGCACAAAAUUAGAUUUAAUUCUAGAAUUUUUCUGUGGAGGAAAUUCAUGGUACUGGGGAAAUCUAUUUGGUGAACAUGGUAGUUUUGUGAGGGCAUUUGAUGAUAACCAAAGAUGAUCAAUCACACCCUGGACUUACUUCUUACUGCCUUCUUUAUGUCAAACAAAAAUUGCUUUAUCUGCUAAUUUUCUCUGACUGGCAUAGCCUCAGAUGUUUACAUCAGUCUGAGAUAUUUAAUAGUGGUUUAAUAGUUGUGUGAAAACAAGUGGAAGUCUGGAUAGCUUUGUAUGAUCCUUUCUUAUGCCAUGAGUCUAUAAAACUAGAUUAUUGGUAAAGAAGAGGUCUUUAAAUAUUUAACCAAACUCUAGCUUAAAGGGUCUUCCCAUUCCUCUUUACUCUUCAAAUUUCACUUCAAUAUCUGGAGCUAUAUUGAUAGCUUUUUGGGGUGGUAUGGAUUUAAAAGAGCUAAAGAUCUCACAACAAGAAUUAAAAAGAACCAAAGUACCAUUUGGAAGAAAUUUCUUCUUUCAGAACUAUGAUUCCACAUUGAGUGGCAACACAUUUAGAAAUAAAAAAUAAAACUCAGGCAUAAAAUCAAAAUAUAGUGUGGGACCUAAGUAGGCAGUCAGGAGAGACCGGAAAUAAAGGAAACAGAAAAUAGAAUUCUAAAAGGAAAAGGUUCUGUUACCAAAAAUAAAAAUAAAACUCCUCCCCAAAAUCUUAAAAAAUUCUCUGAAAUUGGAAAUUCAAUAUGACUCAGAAACACACAUAGAGGAGUGAGAAAUAAUGGACUUUUUAAAAUCCAUAAUACAUUUGGAGCAAAGGCAAUAAGAGGAGAAUGAGUUGAACAUUACCCAGAAAGCAUGAAGAGAAAAAUUAAGUGAACCUCUAAAUGAUAGGAGCAAGGCACAUGUUCAGGAGAGUUUGAUAAUGCUAAUAACAUAUGAAAUACUUAUUUGUUCAAAAUUGAGCCUCUGAACUUCUCAGGCAUUCCUGUAUUUUUGUGUGGACUAUAUUAUAGCACUUCUGAUACAAAAUCCAGAUAUAUAGGAAUAGAAAAGUUUUAAAAUCAAGGUAAAUCACGUAAGUCUUAAAAUAGACAACCCAACUAUUCCUGAAGAUAAUUAGACACUGUUUUUUUUAAGUAAAACUCCAUUGUAGAAACUUAACAUAAUUAUAGUUUAAAUUAUAUCCUGGAUGGACAUAGUGACACAUGGUACAUUUCUAACACCAUUAAAGAGAUAGCUAGAAGAUAUGAAUUCUUCUCCUCCAUUUAUGUUUGUGCAUUGUUUGUUCCCAAAACAACUAUCCCCUGAAACUUUUGACACCCCAGAAAGGGGUUUAAAGUUCAGCCUUCCUAUUUUACUAAUGAGGAAACUGAGGUUCAGAAAGAGCAGUUGAGCUGGACAUUGUCAAAGAGUUGGCUGAUAGAGCCAGGUCCAGUAGUGUGUAUGUACUGCUUCCCUAGAAGGAUUGCCAAACAGUGUGCUACUAUAUUAUAAAUAAUCAUAUCAGAAUUCUUAUAAGAAUUGCAUAAACCUUCAGGGAGGUAUAGGGAAAACAAGGCUGUUUUUCACCUGAUAAUGCUUUUGCUGUUGUUUGGAUCAGAGACAUGAGUAGGGUGGGAUAACUUGGGCUGUAUUCCCAGAGCUCUGAAUUUAUAGGAUUUUAUUCUAAAUAGCUGCUGCUGUUCAAUCAUUUCAGUUGUGCCCAUUAUCCCAUUUGGGUUUUUUGUGGCAAAAAUACUGGAGUGGUUUGCCAUUUCCUUCUCCAGCUCAUUUUAUAUAUAUAUAAGGAAACAGUGACAAACAGGGUUAAGUAAUUUUCCAAACAACUAGUAAAUGGCUGAGACCAGACUUGAAUUCAGAUCUUUUUUACCCUAGGCACUGCACUCUAUCUACUGCACCGCCUGGCUGUCCCAAUAGCACUUGAAGUUUAUUAGCAGCAUAGAAAGAAUAGAGCUGUGCACCUUAUUAACAAGGAUGGUUGAAAAAAUAAACUAUCUGAUGAGAAUCUGUAGCAUGCUUCCCCUGCCCCUUGACUAGAUUAUCCCUAUUGUUCACACUUGCAGAAUUUGUCCAAGGCACAAAAAUUCCUAGUUAUGGCUCUGGGUUCAGAUGGCAGAACUUCUAUGUAAACUGAAUUGAUAGUAAAACUAGGCAUCUUUAGAGCUGAUUCACUUUUUAAAAUAGCUACUACGCAAAAGUACAACUCUCAGCAAAGAUGGACAGGAAAGUCAGUUUUCCUCAUUUCAUGGAACACUUUGUUCAAAUAAUUGACACUGAAGAUGAAAUCACAGAGAAGGGAUGGAAAAUAAGACAACUCAUCUCAAAACAAGAAGCCAUAUGGAGAAAGUACUUGCCAGUCGCCAAAAGAAUCACUGAGUUAUUGACCAAGCUGAACAUGCCAUCCGAGUGUCUCAUGUCACUGGACCACCUCAAGUCAACUGUGAAAUAUUUCAAGCUAUUAUUAUUGUUCCAGCCUAUAGGACUUUGCUUCCUUGCCAAAAGCAGAUUUCUCAAAGAAAAUUCAACUUUGUUCUCCGAAGGACUUGAACCAGUCGGAAACACAGUCUGAGAUGUUUAGAUAUUUUGCACAAAAUUAUUUUCUCCCAUGUAGUCAUUGUGCCUUAUUCCUGAAUUUAUCUUAACAUAUUUAUCAUAUGAAGUUAUAUUGAACUCCACAUUGGGAAUGCUGUAAGGGACUGUUUUUUACUACAUCUUGUAUUUGGUUUUUCAUGUGCUGUAGAGUCUAAAAUGUAUUUUUUUUCGCUAUUCUAUCACAGUAAUUCCAUUAAUGAAAAACAUAUGUUAAGCACUUACUAUGAGCCAAGCACUGUGCUAAAUACUGGGGAAACAAAUGCAAAAUCAAAAUAGUCCUUACCCUCAAGGAGCUUAUAUUAUUAUGGGCAAGACAGUAUGUGAAGGGGAGAGCUGACCAGAAAAAAAGUUAUGGUCUGUUUAUCAGAAAGAGGGUGAGUGGAUCCACUAUAAAUUUGUUACCAUGGGUCUUCAUUGCAUUAAGGCAAACAUUCUGCUUAUCUUUAAUCAAUUGGCUAUCACAUUCUUCAUAACUACUGUUCUAAACCUUGUCUCUCCUCUGUUCUCCCAUGGUAUCAUCUCCCCUUCUCUCCUGAGGAACUCAUCUCAUACUUCACUGAAAAAAAAAAUGAAGACCAUUCAUGAUGUUCCUUUUUUCCCUCCUCUCUGCCUCACGUUACUCAGAUAUCUUCCACAACUAUCUCCUCCUUCAGUCUUGUUUUAGAUGAAGAGGUACUGCUUCUCCAUAGUCAAUGCCAAUCUUUUCCCCAACCACUAUUGAUCCCAUCCCCUCCCCUCCUCUGCAGCAGAUUGCUCCAUUAUGAUUCCUGCUCACACAUCCUUCCUCCUUUGCUGCUGACUACAAAUGCACUUAUGUCUCUCCCAUCAUCAAAAAAAAGUUUUAUAAAACCUUCCUCAAUCCAACAACCCCUGCUAGUUUUUAAAUAUCUCUCCUCACUUCUCUGCUAAACUUCUGAGAACCCCAUCUACACCAGGUGUUUUAUUUCCUCUUAAUUUUCUUUUUUAAUAUAUUGUAAUCUGGUUCCUGAACCUUAUCAUUCACUAAAAACUGUUCUUUCCAACAUUGCUAAUGAUUUCUUAACUAGUAAAUCUAAUAACCCUUUCUUAAUCUUUAUCCUACUUGGCUUCUACAAUCUUUAAUAUUAUUGAUUUUACCUUCUCUUGAAUAUUCUUUCUAGGUUUUUGUGACACUGCUCCCUCCUGGUUCUCCUCCUACUUUUAACUGGAUCUUUUCCCAAAUCCACCAACUCAGAGAAUCCACCAAAGCUAUAUUGGCCACUUUUCUCUUUUCCCUCUAUUUUAUCUCACUUGAGCAAUCUCCUUAGGUCCCAUAGAUUCUAUUAUCUUCAAUGAUUCCCCAGGUGGAAAUGAAUAUAUAUAUAUAUUGAAUUCUGAUUUACGUCCAGAGCUCCAGUGCCACAUCACCACAUAUCUUUUAGACAUCUCAAAUUCAACAUGUCCAAAACAACCUACUGUUUUUAUCUUCAAAUUCUCUCCUCUUCCCAACUUCCCUACCACUAUGGAGGGCACCAUCAUCCUUUCCCUAGUUACCCAGCCUUAUCCUUGACUCCUCUUUCUUCCUCACCCUGAAUAGAAGUUGCUAAAUCUUGUCAUUUCUGUCUUCACAGUGUCUUUCUCAUAUGUCCCCUUCUUCUCAUUCACAUAGCUAACCACCCUGGUACUUAUCAUCACUUACUAUUCGAAUAGACUUCUUACUUGUCUUUCCCCUCUCUAAUCUGUCUUCCACUCAAUUUCUAAAGAGAUUUUCCUAAAGUGUUGGCUUGAUCAUGCCAACCCCAUUUUCCAACUCAUUUAAUUCUAAUGAAUCUCUUUUACCUCUAGAAUCAAAUAUAAUCCUUUAGUUGGCAUUCCCUUCCUACCUUUCAAUUUCACUGCCCUCCACAACACACUACAGUCUAGCCACACUAGCCUACUUCCUGCUGUACCCCCUUUCCUGUCUCUGCCAUCUGAAUUGACUUUCCUCGAGGUCUGGAAUACUCUUCUUCCUUCUCACUUCUGUCUCUUAGUUUCCCUCACUUCUGUCAAGACUCAAACGAUACUCAUUCAAGGCCUUUCUGGGUCCCCCAGCUGAGUUAUUUGAAUGUCUGCUUCCUCCAUUAGAAAGUCUGUCCCUUGAAGAUAGGAUGAGUUGUCUUUCUUUGAAUCCCCAAUGCUUGGCACAGAGUGAGCAAUUAAUAAAUGUUUGAUGAAUGACUGAGUAGGGCAGUAAAUUGACAUUUUUUCCAGAAACACUAAUAAUAUUUAUUUCAUUAAAGUGAGGGAAAGGGAAGUGUCAUACCAAAAUGGAAAAUGGUAAUGAUAAUGCUGCAUGAUCCCAGAAUCCUGAAGCUUAACCCCUCCCAGCAAUGGCCCUUAUGGGUCUGUUUCAGACAAUAAGUCAAUAACAGCAACUAAAUUGAUGGUUAGCAAAUUUGUGUACCUUACCUAAUACCAGUGACAUUGAUCCCUAAACUUUCACCACCUUAAGAUUUUCUUUUAGCUUUUUUCUUGUCUUUUCUUCUUCUUCUUCUUCUUCUUCUUUUUUUUGAUUUGGUUUUUUGUUUGUUUUUUGAGACUGGGUUGCCCUCUCUCUUUCAAGCUAGAAGCACAGCAGCCUCUCUUGCACCCAAUUUCUUUUAUAGGCUGCAUAGAGCAUUGACCUACUUAGUUUCUGACCUGUUUACCCCUCCUUAUUCAACCUAGCUCCCCUCUUCCUCCUGAAGUCUCCCAUAUUAGACCUGGACACUACAGAUUCCCAAAUGAUUUAGCCCACCAUGGCUCAGAACUCCCAAGCUCAAGUGCUCCACUAGUUGUCUCUGCCUCUUUGGUGGCAGGGAUUAUAGGAGUACCUGAAGAUUUUCAAUGACUAUAAUCACUCAUAACUUUGUCUUUAGGCGGGUUGUGCUGAAAAGUAUUAGAGUCUUCUCACUAUUUCCAUGAAUAAACAAAUGUCUUAAAUGAGAUACAGAGGGAACCAGACUUCCAUCGAUUCCUGAAAUUCAUAUUCUGGGAAUUUGCAGUGUAAUACCUGACUCAUCCCAGAUUCAUUCUAGGAUUUUCUCAAAAGGACCCUUGCACAGAUGGUUGCCUGGAGCAGGAGGGCUAAUGCCCAGGAAAAAUAAUUUGACCAAAUCAUAACUUACCUCAACAACUUUCACAGCUGGCUUAGAGCCCAGCUGUCUGACUGCAUUUCGCCUCUUCUUUCAGAGUAUUAGCCUAUAGCUAUUUGCUCAAAGAAGACACAGCUGCUGUUGAUGCCAUCCUGUUUCAUCACCAGCAUCAAUUCUCUUCACUUCUGCUUGCUGACAUUCAAUCAGUUGUCAUCCAGGCAGCCACAAAUAGUCAUAUGUCAGGACCACAUCAUACUGUCACUUUUGUCACUGAAUUGGGGAAAUUUUGACUUAGAUAUUAAAAUGCCUUACUUCUGGCAUCACCCCAAGGAUUCUAGGGAACCAGUUCCCUCUGAUCUGCUGCAUGGGUGUUUGAUUAUUCCAGUCAAACAUGAUUUCUAAAAACAUGAUGUUUCAGAGAUGAACAGGGACCCAGGGGAAGAUACCAUUUACUGGUCAUCUUGGAAUGAUUUCCAAGGGCAUUCAUGCAGGAGAUUAAAAUGUGGGUGUAGCAGAUGGUGGAGUCCCUAUUUCUUUUAACUAUCCUAAUUUCUUUUCCAACUCCUGGAUUAUGGCAAAAUAAAUGGAAUACAUAUACACACAUAUAUUUGUACAUAUGGUAUGCACAUAUGUAUGUGUAAUAUAGGAAAAGCUGCACUUUAAAAGGUAACCCCAAAAGCAUGACCAAUGACACAGGCCUUGAUAUGCAUAUACAUUUAUAAAUUUUGGUACUCAAUCCUAUCUCUAGACCCCAGGCAUUUUCAUUGGCUGUUCCCCAAGCGUGGAAUACUCUUUCCCUCCUCACCUUCCUGCCUUCCUUCAAAUCUCAACUAAAAUACUACCUUUUAUAAGUAGCCUUCUCAAAUUCCCCUUCAUGCUAAUGUCUUCCCUUAUUGGUGAUCUCCAGUUUAUCCUAUAUGUUGCUUUUGGGACACAAUUGUUUCCAUGUGGUUUCCCCGUUACACUGUGAACUUCUUAAAAGCAAAGACUGUCUUCUGACUAUCUUUGUGGUCCCAGCAAUGUAACAUGGUAGACAAUAAAUGUUUAUCGACUGACCUCAUUUUCAGUACUUAAUACACAA